AUAUGGGUGAUGGCUCGACGGUGCAUCGGAAGCAAAAAACAUCGAUAAGCAUCGAUACAUCGUGUUAAAAACAUCGUCGAUGCUCGAUACAUCCAUUCUUCUUACAUUCCUAGAUCCUACUUAAAUUCUCAUGUAUCUCCCGUCUCUACUUGAAUGAUUUUAAUCGCCGCAUUUUGUGAAAAUAAUGGAAAAGUUAUAAUUUGUUUAUGUUUCCAAGGACAUCCGCACGAAUAUGUUCUCAAUAUGCAAGCAAAUACACUCCGCAACAGCGGUGGAGUUCUGUGUAUCAUGUCGAUUUUUCAACAACAGCGAAGAAAAUCUGGUCGUGGCUGGCGUCAAUGUCUUAAAAGUCUACCGAAUUUCACCCAGCAUAGACGCCGCCCAACGUCAGAAGCAGAACCUCAACGAUAUGCGAGUAGCUCCAAAAAUGCGUCUGGAGUGCCUUGCCACGUACACUCUCUAUGGUAAUGUAAUGUCUUUGCAAUGUGUCUCUUUAGCAGGUGCUAUGCGAGAUGCACUGCUUAUUAGCUUCAAAGACGCCAAGCUAUCGGUUCUUCAGCAUGAUCCUGAUACAUUUGCAUUAAAAACACUUUCGUUGCACUAUUUUGAAGAGGAGGAUAUUCGCGGUGGUUGGACUGGCCGUUAUCAUGUGCCUGUUGUUCGCGUCGAUCCAGAUGCACGGUGUGCCGUCAUGCUGGUCUACGGCAAGCGUCUUGUGGUGCUACCCUUUCGAAAAGAUAAUAGUUUAGACGAAAUCGAACUUGAUGACGUCAAGCCAAUAAAGAAAGCGCCAACCGCUUUAGUCACGCGCACUCCUAUCAUGGCGUCAUACCUUAUAGCACUUCGUGAUCUAGACGAAAAAAUCGAUAACGUGUUGGACAUACAGUUUUUGCACGGUUACUACGAGCCUACGCUGCUUAUACUUUACGAGCCCGUGCGUACCUUUGCUGGCCGCAUCAAAGUGCGAUCUGAUACUUGUGUACUAGUAGCUAUUUCCCUAAACAUACAACAACGCGUGCAUCCCAUAAUUUGGACUGUAAAUAGCCUUCCAUUUGACAGUCUAUUUGUGUUACCCAUACAAAAACCCAUUGGAGGUUGUCUGGUCCUCACAGUAAAUGCAGUGAUUUACCUAAACCAAAGCGUUCCACCUUAUGGUGUUAGCCUUAACAGCUCCGCUGAGAAUAGCACAAGCUUUCCGCUGAAGCCACAGGAUGGAGUGCGCAUCAGCUUGGAUUGUGCCAACUUCGCGUUCAUCGAUGUUGAUAAGCUGGUAGUAUCCUUGCGCACUGGCGACCUCUACGUUAUGACGAUAUGCGUGGACUCAAUGCGAAUGGUACGCAAUUUUUAUUUUCACAAGGCAGCCUCAAGUGUUUUGACCAGCUGUAUUUGCGUCUGUCAGACGGAGUACAUUUUUUUGGGGUCACGUCUCGGAAAUUCACUACUACUCCACUUUGCGGAGGAGGAUCAGAGUACAGUCAUUACAUUGGACGAUGCAGAGGUUGAAGAUUGUAAUGUCCAGAAUUUCUGUGAAACUGAUUUACUAGAUGUGACGCCACAGACCAAGGCCAGGCGUAUUGAGGAUGAGGAGCUCGAGGUGUACGGUUUGGGAGCUAAAACCUCAGUCCUCCAACUACGCAAGUUUGUGUUUGAAGUUUGCGACAGCUUGCUCAACGUAGCGCCUAUUAAUUUUAUGUGUGCCGGUGAGCGCGUUGAGUUUGAGGAUGAUGGCACAACUUUGCGUCCACAGGCCGAAACAUUGAAUGAUCUGAAAAUUGAGCUAGUGGGUGCCACCGGACAUGGAAAAAAUGGUGCCUUAUGUGUGCUUGUUAAUACCAUUCAUCCGCAGAUAAUAACAAGCUUUGAACUGGAAGGGUGUUUUGAUGUAUGGACAGUGUUCGAUGACUCCACCAAGAAGACUGCGCGCCAGGAUCAUCAUGAUUUUUUGCUGCUAUCUCAAGGUUCUUCUACUUUAAUAUUGCAAACUGGUAACGAGAUUAACGAAAUUGAAAACACUGGGUUUACCGUAAACCAGCCCACAAUAUUUGUCGGAAAUAUUGGCCAAAGUCGAUUUAUAGUGCAGGUAACUUCUCGGCAGGUGCGCCUGUUGCAAGGCACUCGACUACUCCAGAAUGUACCUGUCGAUGUAGGCUCACCAGUAGUGCAAGUGUCGAUUGCUGAUCCCUAUGUAUGUCUGCGUAUACGUAAUGGUCAGGUCAUAACUCUAGCGUUGCGGGAAACUCGAAGCUUGCCUCGUUUAGCUAUUAAUAAGCACACCAUCAGCAGCACGCCCGCCGUGGUGACACUAUCCGCCUACAAAGAUUUGUCAGGCUUGUUUACGUCCAAGUCAGAUGAUGUGCUAAAUCUUUCAAACAACGUAGGUGGUUGUUUUGGCAAUAAUUUUGGCGGCUGCAUGAAAACAGAGCCAAACAUGAAAGUCGAGGAUGAAGAAGAUUUGCUCUAUGGCGAUGCUGGGAAUGCCUUUAAGAUAAACAGCAUGGCAGAUUUGGCCAAGCAGUCUAAGCAGAAAAAUUCCGACUGGUGGCGGCGAUUGCUUUUGCAUGCCAAGCCUACUUAUUGGCUCAUCGUCACACGCAUAAACGGAACUCUAGAGAUCUAUUCAAUGCCCGAUAUGAAGCUUGUCUAUCUGGUUAAUGAUAUUGGCAACGGUGCAACAGUGCUGACUGAUGCUAUGGAAUUUGUACCUGUUACACUCACUCACGAAAACUCUAAGCAAGGAAUUCUACAUGCUUGCAUGCCACAGCACGCAAGUUCCCCGGUGCCUCUUGAAAUCAGUAUGGUGGGGUUGGGAUCACAUGGACAACGGCCUUUACUAUUGGUGCUCACUCAGCUGGAAUUGCUCAUAUAUCAGGUUUUUCGAUAUCCAAACGGUCAUCUAAAGUUGCGAUUCCGAAAGCUCGAACAACUUAAUCUUAUUGACCAGUCUAGCCACAUAGAAAUAGAUGAUAACGAAGACAUAGAGUCGUAUAACAUGCAACUAAAAUACGUGCAGAAAUUACGCUAUUUUUCCAAUGUGGGUGGCAUCGCCGGUAUCAUGUUAUGUGGAAUACACCCCUGCUUUAUCUUCCUAACUGGUAGAGGCGAGCUCCGGAUCCAUAAAUUUCAGGGAAACGGCGGUGUUCGUAGCUUUGCAGCUUUCAAUAAUGUGAACAUACCAAAUGGCUUUUUAUAUUUCGACAACAGCUACGAACUGAAGAUAGCUGUGCUUCCUACGUAUCUAAGCUAUGACUCCACCUGGCCUUUGCGGAAAGUACCAAUACGCUGUACUCCACGGCAAAUUGUCUAUCAUCGUGAAAAUCGCGUAUACUGUCUGGUCACGCAAACGGACGAGCUUAUGACAAAGUAUUACCGCUUUAAUGGUGAAGAUAAGGAACUGUCAGAGGAAAGCAGGGGUGAACGUUUUAUCUAUCCAGUAGGCUCAAAAUUCGAAAUGGUACUUAUUAGUCCAGAAACAUGGGAAAUUGUACCGGAUGCAUCCAUAAAGUUUGAGCCGUGGGAGCAUGUGACCGCAUUCAAAAUAGUAAAACUAUCAUAUGAGGGAACACGCUCCGGCCUGAAGGAGUAUCUUUGCAUAGGUACGAAUUUCAAUUACAGCGAGGACAUCACCUCACGUGGAAAUAUACAUAUUUAUGACAUAAUAGAAGUAGUGCCGGAGCCGGGAAAGCCUAUGACAAAGUAUAAACUGAAAGAGGUUUUCAAAAAAGAGCAGAAGGGCCCAGUUUCUGCAAUUUCCGAUGUACUCGGCUUUUUAGUUACGGGUCUGGGUCAAAAGAUCUACAUUUGGCAACUUCGAGACGGAGGUGACCUUAAUGGUGUUGCCUUUUGUGACACAAAUAUAUAUGUUCACAAUAUUAUAACGGUGAAGUCGUUGAUAUUUAUUGCCGACGUAUACAAGUCUGUUAGUUUGCUGCGGUUUCAGGAAGAAUAUCGAACGUUGUCACUCGCCUCACGCGAUUUCAAUCCGCUGGAAGUUUUUGGUAUCGAGUUUUUGGUAGAUAACACUAACCUUGGCUUUUUGGUUACUGACGCCGAGCGAAAUCUUAUUGUAUACAUGUACCAACCAGAAGCCCGAGAAUCUCUGGGCGGCCAAAAAUUAUUGCGAAAGGCGGACUACCAUCUGGGUCAGGUGGUAAAUACUAUGUUCCGUGUGCAGUGUCAUCAGCGUGGUGUGCAUCAACGACAGCCGUUUCUUUAUGAGCAUAAGCACUUCGUUGUGUAUGGAACGUUGGACGGAGCGCUCGGAUUCUGCCUGCCGCUGCCGGAAAAAGUUUAUCGUCGUUUCCUCAUGUUACAAAAUGUGCUGUUGUCGUACCAAGACCAUUUGUGUGGUCUUAAUCCAAAAGAAUAUCGUACUUUAAAAUCACUCAAAAAAUUAUCAAUGAAUCCUUCACGCUGCAUUAUAGACGGUGAUCUGAUUUGGUCGUACCGCUUGCUAGCACAUUCGGAACGUAAUGAGAUAGCCAAGAAGAUAGGUACGCGUACGGAAGAUAUUUUAAGUGAUUUACUUGAAAUUGAAAGAUUGUCCAGCAUGUUUUAAAAUAAAAAUAUAGGCCAUAAUUUAUACAAUAAAAUAUUAUUUUAAGAAUUUCAUUUAGGCAUUUGUAAAUAAAACAAAACUGUUUUACGCGGA